UAAUAAAUAAGGAUUCUUGUGAAUGUGUAUCACAGUUUCGGUUAAAUUAUAUUUUCAACCCCAUCCUUAUUUAUUUUUGAUCAAUUUGGCUCCCUUUCUUCUCCCGCCGGCGUCCGUCAAUUUCCCCGGCUUCCAACAAACACCUCCCGUUUUAUUCCGCUUUAUAUUUUUGUUGUAAUAAUAAUGGCGGACACCGAAAUGCAAGAGGUUGCUGCUGGUACCAUCAAAUGUGUAGAGGAAGAGACUGUUCCUGAGGAUAAGACUCUCGCUUUGGACUCUGAUCUUCAUUUACCUGAUGCUAAUGAAGAUGUAGGUGGUCACAACAUUGUUGAUGAGUCUGCAAAGAACAUUAGCAGUGAUGGUGGUGGUCCAGAGGAGAAAGUACAGAUGGAAUCAUCAGCUCCUCUUACGGGGGAACCCUCGGCUGUUCCCCAAGUUGAUGUUGAGAGUGUUAAAAAGUGGAAGACUUGGUUGCUCACUCACUCUCAGGCCAAGGAAGGUGAUGAAGCAGGGACAGCAGAGGAUCAAGCGGCGUUUAUUAAAGAAGUUGAGGCCUAUAACAAGGAGCAUUUCCUCGAUUUUAAAGCUCCCAAGUUUUAUGGUCAGCCCUUGAACUGUCUCAAGCUAUGGCGAGCCGUUAUCAAGUUAGGUGGCUAUGACGUGGUCACCACAUCUAAGCUAUGGCGGCAAGUUGGAGAAUCCUUCAAUCCUCCCAAGACAUGCACUACAGUCUCCUGGACAUUCCGCAUUUUCUAUGAGAAAUCACUCUUGGAGUAUGAAAAGUAUUUAAGGCAAAAUGGUGAGCUUAACCUUCCUGGUUUACCUCUUCUUCCACCUGCCGGCCUUGCAAAGGAGGCAAUUAGCCACCAAGGUUCUGGGUCAGGCAGAGCACGAAGAGAUGCUGCAGCUCGUGCUAUGCAAGGUUGGCAUUCUCAACGCCUUCUUGAAUCUGGGGAUGUUACCGAGCCUAUUGUUAAGGAUAAAGGCUUGAGUUCUACUCCAAAGCAAAAGAACCUCAAAAACAUUGGGGUACAGAAACAAAAAACACCAACUGGCAUGGACCUUGUUUUAUCACAUGAAACAGACAAACAGUCAAUCGCGGAGGUUAUAGAUGUUGGAACCCCUGCAGACUGGGUGAAGAUAACUGUCAGAGAAACUAAAGACUGCUUUGAGAUAUAUGCUCUGGUACCUGGACUUCUUCGUGAAGAGGUCCGCGUUCAAUCAGACCCUGCAGGGCGGCUGGUUAUAGCAGGCCAACCUGAACAACUUGACAAUCCUUGGGGAAUCACACCCUUCAAAAAGGUUGUCAACUUUCCAGCAAGAAUCGAUUCGCUGCGCACAUCAGCUGUCGUGAGCUUGCACGGUCGAUUGUUUGUGCGAGUCCCAUUUGAGCAGUGAAAAGGAAUCUCAUCUCAAAAGUCAGAGCUCCUUCUUUUACUAUAUGUUUCUUUGGUGAUUUCGACGACCUCUCUAUUUUUCUUCUAGGGAUUCGUUUGUAUCAAAAGGAACUAAAAACGUUAGCAAAUGUGAUAACUGUUACUGUUAACUUGAUGUAGAGAUUCAAAUACACAUUGAUAUCAAUACUAUUAAAGUUAGUAGGAAA